AUGGUGGCGUUUGGUUUACGGGGAUGCGCGCGUGCGAUGCUCUGUGCGACAGCGAUGCGGCGCGCGGAGGACGAGAGCGCGCGCCAGGAGGACGACGAGUUCGUGGACAUAUCACAGAUGCAGCUGCUGGAGGCCGGCCCGUCGCACGGGCCCUACGCGGUGCCUUACGCCGGCCCGCCGCCGCCGCUGGCGCAGCCCCAGCCCUACCACUCGCCGGCCACAACGUCGGUCGACGAUUUCUUCGCGCUUUACUUUACGCCGACUACACACGGUGAGAACUCGUUACAGACGCUUAUGCUGCUUCAAGUACCUACAAAUCCUUCUAAGCUGGUGUAA